AUGUCCGAGCCCAACGCUACGAAUGUGGAGAUCUCAGCGGAAGCUGAGAACUCAAGUAAUCAUAACGAGAUGAUCAAUCCUCAACCUAAACCAAAACAGAUUCAAUUGACAUUCAAUGACUUCAAUCGUUUCAAGUCAUCUUCAAAAACAUCAGAUCAUCACAACAAUAAUGGUAGCCAAAAUGGAGAAUUCAAUAGACGCCGGUCAACCAGGGUUGUGCCGAAACGACCAGUAGAGUUAGACGAAGAGGAACAGCCCACAAGAACCGUACCCAGAAAAAAGAAGCCGGUUUUAGCCAAACCGAAAGAAACAAGCAUAGAUCGAGAAGCAGUUCGUGAGCGAGCCAGGAAACUUCAGUUACUCGGAAACCCAGAGAUUCCGUUGGCAGAAGAAAACUGGUCUCCAAACGUGCCGCUGCAAUCAGGCGAUUUCAAAAACCACUUCAGCAUUGUCUCACGCUUUAGAUCUCCGAAUUUGAAAAACUUAGCAUACGCGAAAGACAUUUUGCCCAUCUUGACGUUCGUCAACAAGUUUAACACAUUUUUACCCCAAGAAUUAUGGUCUUUGUCGUUCCAGGAUUUUGAAUUAGGUCUGGAUCUGUAUCCUGACGCUGAGAAGGAAUUACCUCGUAAACUAUAUCAGGACUAUAUGCCAAUCAAAGAGCUGGUAAGAUGUCAGGAUAAAAUGAACCUACUUUUCUUGGCGCUAUUGAAAUUGGCUCUGAAUAACUCUUCGGCAACUACCAUGGAAUCAAUCAAAGAAAACAAAUCUUAUGCGAAAUUUGUGGUUCCUCUGCGGGCCAACGCAUGGUCGUGGGGCUACCCCUCGCAAUGGAAAGUAGAGGUUGGCGAUUCGAAUACAAAAGUCUUCAAUACAGAUGACACGGAACCCGCUGAUCCUUCAGAGCCAGAAAUACUGGUGCCUAACCUUGUGGCAUGGCCCCAGCAGUACGCCAUCGAGAAUGAUCCUUUACUUAACGUGGAUUUGGAGAAACGCGGAAUCUUGGCUCUGGCACCUACAGACAGAGUAAUUCUUCUAAAAGCCCUAGUCCAAUGGGUAUUGGCGCAAUCAGACAAAAUACAUCAAGAAAUUUAUCGUUUAUCGCAUUUGAAAAGAGAUGAGCCCUAUGGGGUUCCGACUUACCACGUUUCGAGAUUAUUUGCAGACGGAGAAGCGGCCACGAAGGCUCGCUUUACGAAACUUUGCGACCUGGUACAAGCAAGGUUGGAAAUCAAAAGCGGAAGAAAGCAUGUCAAGAAGCAAUUGCAAAACGGAAAGCGUAAUGACUUGUUCGAAAAGCUCAAGAUCAUUUCGAAUAUUCACCGCAAUAGAGAUACAAUUUCCGUCGAAGAAAAUGAGGAGGAAGAGCCCAAGCCCAAGGUCGAUUCUUUUGACGAAGAAUACAGCGACUGGUGUGAAGUCAUUGAGGGGCAACUCCCGGACCACCCCAUGUCUUCGCCGUACGGUGAUGAGAUCUUUAAGAUGAGGUCUCUAGAGUUUUUCAUUGGUAGAGUUCCGCAUGUUGGUGACUUUUAUCUUCCACGAUUGCAUACGUAUCAAAAGUCAGGCAAAGCUAAAAUUCCCACAACUUACACCGAUCCAAAGACUUUAAACGACACGCUCGACGCUUUCUCCAACAAAGAGAUAGAUGCAUUGACCUUGUUCAGCGGGAAUGGUAAGCACAUGAGCACUCAAUUUAAAGUUCUUUACCAUGACUCGCCAAGUAUGAUUAGAGACGUGGCCAGCCAGGUAGAUACUUCGAAGAAGAGCUACUGGUACGAGGUAUGCCAUGACUGUGCCACUUUACGUGAAUUUAUAGUCCUUUUGGAUUACAAAGUAAGUGUGCUUGAAUCUGCAGGGAACGAGCCGGCUAAUAAGGGCCCAAUCAACAAAAAUCCGUUGCCCAAGGAAUCAAAAUUCAAUGCUUCACGCGAAAAACUCAGAUGGAUCAAGGAUUAUCUUGAGAGACUUGUGCCUUUUCUGGAGACAUUUGAGGAACUCUACGCAAACUACGAUGACAUGAAAGCUAACGUUAGAACUCUGCGAAGGUCGCAAAGAAACCGAAACCCCCAGUCCCGCGAUGACGAUGAAGCGGGUGAUUAUUCAGGAAGCGACGCCCCUGAAGAAAAUAGUCGCCAACAAUCGGGAGAAGAAUCUGCAUUUGAAGAGUUCGACGAUUCACUAGAAGAACAAGCCAAUGAUGAAGUGGAAGAUGACAAGAUCGAAGACGACGAGGCUUUCACUCUCAGUGGCUACAGAUCUACGCAAAACACCCAAAGAAGCAGAACCAGAUCUGGCGGCGGAAGUGUUCCAGCAGCUGAAAAUGCCACUCCGAAGGGUACAGGUGCCCGAGGCAGUGACAGAGGUAGAGGGACAGGUCGUGGCAGAGGAAGAGGAAGAGGAAGAGGAAGAGGUAGGGGACGUGGGAGAAGCACGUCUUAG